AUGCUUCUUGCUUCGUGCGUACCAUGUGGAGAUACGAUCAAAUCACUUUCAAUCGAGAAUUGCCAUACUCAGGGUGAAAUACUUGGAAUUUCCACGCGAAUGGUCAGCAUGGAGAAAGACGAUGAAGUUAAAAAAGAUCAGACACAAGAAGAAGAAAACCUCGAUGAACAUCUUGACGACGACGACAACGGCGACAACAAGGAAGGUACUGAAAUCAAACACAAGCUGCCGCAAACAACUUACGUCCGGCUUCGCGGCUUGCCGUACUCGUCAAAAGAAAGCGAUAUCCGGGCAUUUCUUGAUGGUAUUCCGGUCACUUCGAUUACAAUGAGCUCUUCCUAUAAUGGGCGUCCCAGCGGAGAAUGUUAUUGCGAAUUGACUUCCAAGCAAGACGUACUCAAAUCUUUGGAUUUCCACUGCAAAGAAAUGGAGGGAAGAUACAUCGAAAUUUUCACCGUAUCAAUUGAUGAACUCACGAACCUCAAGCGCGCUGGCCUUGUCACAGAUGAAGGCAAAGUGAUUCGACUUCGAGGUCUACCAUUUUCUGCAACAACUGAGGAUGUGAAGAAUUUCUUCAAAGGGCUAAACUGUGAAGAGGUGGUAUUCGGGCGUACGGGAGGGCGGCCUAGCGGGGAAGCUUUCGUGCGUCUCGCCAGCAAAGAUGAAGCCUCGAAAGCCCUCGAUUUCAACAAGCAACAUAUGGGAAGCAGAUACAUCGAAGUUUUUCGCACUACCGUUGAUGACAUGGAGCGAAAUCGUCCACGUAGCUACGAUAGUGGCUACAUCCGUCCUCUUUUUGAAACAAAAGGAUACGAUCAUGGACCGGAUAGAAGAGGACUGCGCACAGGAUUUCGAGCUGCUCCAUACGACAUUCCUCGAGGAGGUUACGGAAGAUAUGAUGAUUAUGAUGACUUUGUUCCUCCUACUAAGAUCUUCAUGCGUGGACUUCCUUUCGACGCCGAUUCUUACAUGAUUGAGCAGUUCUUUGCCCCUCUCCGGUGCCUUGAGAUCAGCCUGGGCUUUAAUGAUGACCGACGACCGUCCGGCGACGCAAUGGUGGAAUUUGGAACUACUGCUGAAGCUCGUGAGGCCUUUACGAGGAACAGAGCCAUGAUGGGAAAGAGGUACGUUGAACUUUUCGGUGCAAAUGACAUGCCAACAACCAUGAGGCGACUAACCUGGCGCGUAAUUGGAGGUCAGCCCGCUCCCAGACCCCUUCCUUUAGUAUCUAGGAGCGCCUAUGACUCGCCGUAUGUCGGAGGCGGCUAUGGUGGAUAUGGCGGUGGAGGCUAUGCCAGAGAACGACUGUAUGAUCCUCCCGCUCCUGGACCAUUCCGCGGUUAUGGUGGAGGUGGUAUCAUGGGAGGUGGUGGCGGCGGCAUGGGCAGACCAAUGCGUGGUGGUCCAAGACGCAGCGGUGGUGUUCUCAUUUAUCCUGUAGAUUUCAGCGAAGUUGUGUUCUUAAUUAUGGUUGCAUUCCCUUGCGGACCUUUAAUUGUAAACUUCUGA